UUCAUGCGAGUAAUUACUUAAAAGAGUAGAAAGCAAUUAGUUGAUCAAUGGAUCAGAUGGGGCGUUUUUGUUGCUGCAUUUUUAUUAUUUUGUUCUGUGUUCAAGCUUCUAUCAUCCCUCCCUGCUCUGCUUGUUUGGAGGAAGAGCAAAAUGCCCUUUUACUACUGAUCAACUACCCAAAAGAAUCUUUUUCACCAUCUUCCAACUUAAUUACCAACAAAGAGAUUCAUGCUACUGAUUGCUGCAAUUGGACAUAUGCCGUCGAGUGCAGCAACAUUACAGGCCGUGUAACCCUUAUUGAUCUUUAUAGGUUGUUCUAUUGGUACUCGGGGGAUUCAGCUUGGAGUAGUAUAGGAUCAGAAUAUUGGUACUUGAAUACCUCUUUGUUUCUUCCCUUUCAAGAGCUCAAGUCUUUGUAUUUGUUCGGUAACAUAUAUAAUUUGAGGGUAUCAAAAGAAGGUUUCGAAAGAUUGUCUGGUUUGACCAACCUGGAGAAGCUUUCCUUGAACUAUAUUCCCUUCAAUGAAAGCAUCUUGCCAUCCCUUGCCAAGAUUACAUCGCUUAAGAUACUAUCUUUGAGUGGAAUAUUCAAGGAAUGGGAUUACGAAGCUGCUAAUUAUAAUAAUAGCGAAGGUUUUGAAAGAUUGUCUGCUUUGAGCAAGCUGGAGGAGCUUUACUUGGGUGGGAAUGACUUCAAUGAAAGCAUCUUGCCAUCCCUUGGCAAGAUUACAUCGCUUAAGAAACUAUCUUUGAGUUACAAUAAGAUUACUGGAAGGGUCCCAAUUAGCCAGUUAGGUUUUACAAUGAGUAAGCUAGAGGAGCUCUACUUGACUGGUAAUUAUAACAUCACAGACUUGGGAUUCAUUUGUAAGAUUGCAAUAUCGCUCAAGAAACUACAUUUGAGUGAUAUUGCUUACUUGAAUGGGGGAAUUAAUAUCCAGAGUUUUGAAAGAUUGUCUUGUUUGAGCAAGCUGGAGGAGCUUUACUUGGAUGGGAAUGACUUUAAUGAAACCAUCUUGCCAUCCCUUGGCAAGAUUACAUCGCUUAAGAAACUAUCUUUGAGUUCCAAUAAGAUUACUGGAAGGGUCCCAAUUAAUAAAGGUUUUACAAUGAGUAAGCUAGAGGAGCUUUACUUGGAUUAUAAUAACUUCACAGACAUGAGAUUCAUUUGUAAGAUACCAUCUCUCAAGAAACUAUAUUUGGGAGAAGCUAAGUUGAAUGAGGAAAUUAAUAUUCAGGAGCUUGGAAAACUAAAGAACCUACAAGAGUUGUAUUUGGAUGAUUCAUCCAUCGACAAAAGCUUUCUUCGUAAAGUUGGAGUGAUGACUUCUCUUAAUGUAUUAUCAAUGAGUACUUGUGGACUCAAUGGCAGCUUAUCCAACCAAGGCUGGUGUGAACUCAAGAAUCUACAAGAGUUAAACCUUGGUCAUAAUCAUUUUGAAGGGAGAUUACCUUCUUGUUUAGCAAACAUGACAACACUUCGAGCAUUGAAUCUCGCAUUCAAUAACUUCAACCAAAGCAUUUCUCACUCUCCCAUACUUAGUUUGCAGUCACUUGAGUACCUUUCUCUGUCAUAUAACACACUUGUUGAUGAAACAGACUCUCAAAGUUGGACUUCAUACUUUCAGUUGAAGCUUCUGUUGUUGUCAAGUAGCCUUGCUAGAAGACCCACUAGAACGAUUCCCAGAUUCCUUCAUUACCAAUAUAAGUUACAAGCAAUUGAUCUCUCGCACAAUAAUUUGGUUGGAAAGUUUCCCACUUGGUUGCUAGAGAACAAUACAAGAUUGGAGAUUCUUAAUUUAAGGAAUAACAAUUUCAUAAACCCUUUCCAAGUACCCUAUCAUCCUAAUCCCCAUAUUCGAAAAAUAGAUAUUUCGAAUAAUGAUCUAGGAGGUCCAAUUCCGACAAACUUGGGUUUAGUUUUUCCCAAUUUAGUGCAUUUAAACAUGUCUAAAAAUGCGUUUGCAGGCAUAAUUCCAUCUUCUUUAGGUAAUUUAGUUUCCUUGAUGACUUUGGACUUGUCUAGCAAUCAUUUGUCAGGAACAAUACCAGACCAUUUGGGAAUGGGUUGCCUCAAUUUGAAAUACCUCAAAUUGUCAAAUAAUAAUUUAAGUGGGCAAUUAUUUCCAGCCAUAAAUAAUCUAAGAGGUCUUGAGCUUUUGUAUUUGGACCACAACCAAUUUUCCGGAAAGAUCCCAUAUAGCUUAUCCAGUAGUACUCGCUUGAUGGCAUUUGAUUUUAGUAGCAACUCUUUGUCAGGCAAGCUUCCAAGAUGGAUUGGCAACAUGACCAACUUGGUUCAAAUUGUUAUGGCCAAAAACCAACUUGAAGGUCCUAUUCCGAUUGAGUUAUGCAAAGUCAAAGACAUCAUAUUUCUUGACCUUUCCGAGAAUAAUUUGUCUGACUUCAUACCACUGUGCUUCAAUUCAUUGGGCAUCAAACAUGUUCAUCUGGGAAAAAAUAGGCUAAGUGGUCCCAUUACAAGUGCAUUCAAGAAUAGCUCUGCUCUGGUAACAUUAGAUCUUAGAGAUAACUGCCUAACUGGCAACAUUCCAGAUUGGAUCGGAAACCUCUCAUCAUUGAGCAUCCUCCUCUUGAAAGCUAAUCACUUGCAAGGAAUGAUUCCAAUUCAAAUAUGCCUUCUUGGAAACUUAACCAUACUGGAUCUUUCAAAUAAUAAUUUUACUGGUCCAAUACCUCAUUGCUUGAGCAACAUUAGUUUUGGGGCAACUAACCAAAAAUCCGAUCUAGGAAGUUUCAGCUCUUAUUUUUUUAUUGGAGCCUUGAUAUACUUGGAGACAGAGGCAAAAGUAAUUUUUGAAAAUUUUGAUAAUUAUGAUAUUUUCCAGAAUGUGGAUGCACAACAAGAAGUAGAGUUCACAACAAAGAGAAAUACUUACUCCUACAAGGUCGGUGAUAUCCUCAAUUUGUUGUCUGGAAUAGACCUCUCAUGCAAUUGUUUAUCUGGUGAAAUUCCACUUGAGCUUGGAUACUUGAGCAACAUCCGUGCGCUGAACUUAUCGCACAACAAUCUAAUCGGAUCAAUCCCCACAACAUUCUCAAACCUAAAAGAAAUAGAGAGCUUGGAUCUCUCCCACAAUAAGUUGAAUGGCAGCAUUCCCCCUCAACUUAUAGAGUUAAACUUUCUAGCUGUGUUUAGCGUGGCUGACAAUAAUUUAUCGAGCAGAACACCAGAAAGAAAAGGUCAAUUCGGAACCUUCGAUGAAAGCAGUUAUACGGGGAAUCCUCUUUUGUAUGGACCUCCACUACUUAAUACUUGGAACAAAACUGGAUUGCCAUCUAAAGAUAAGGGAGAAGAAAGUGGUGGUUUCAUUGACAUGGAUUUUUUCUGCAUAAGUUUUGGUGUGUCUUACACAAUUGUGUUGUUGGGAAUUGUUGCAGUUCUAUAUAUAAAUCCUUAUUGGCGUCAGGUGUGGUUUAGCUUCAUUGAAGUGUGCAUUACCAAGUCUUGUUAUUUUUUUGGUUGUGAUUUCUUGUAAGUUGUCCUGAACUUUGUAAAUUAUGUAGCCCUGCAUAAUGAUAUUUGAAAAUGCUUGUAUGCUUGUUCUUGAUUUUCAAAUAUGAGGUUUAUAACUUUUGAUAAACCUUUAUCGA